UGCCAUUGUCUUGAUUGCCGGAAGAUGUCUGGGUCCACCUACAGCACCAACAUCAUCGUGCCUGGCGAAGGCUUCAAGCUUAUCUCUGGUACGCCAAAGACGAAAACCGUAACUGCUGACAGCGGUGCAUCUCCGAAAAAUUACCUCUGCGGCGACUGUGGAACCACGCUCUGGAGAGAAACCGCUACCUUUGGCGACGCUAAAGUCCUCAAAAUCGGCACCCUCGACGACCCUAAUGGAUUGAACAACUAUAAGCCGGCUGUGGAGCUUUACACGAAGCACCGUGUUGAAUGGCUGCCUCCGAUUGAGGGUGCUGAGCAGAAGGAGGGCAUGCCUUGAGUGAUGUUCGGCUGAGGACGAUAUGUAUAUAGUUGUCAGGUAGCAGAACUUCGAGCAUUCGACCGAAUAAUGAUGCAUGAAUCUCAUUCUG